CUCUCUCUCUCUCGCUGAAAAUGCAGAGCUCGAAUCAUCUACCUUUCUUCCAAGAACUCAGAACCAGAGAGCUCAAUGGAUUCAGAGUGCAGAAAAGGCCCUACCUUGGCAACCUAUCGUCGGAUUCCGGCGGCCCCGGGACCGGAGUCGUGAUGAUAGAGCACGACGGUCACCCCUCUCCCCCAUUGGCGGUUUCUUUCUGCAAGAUGAGUAGAAAUAGUCAUUUUCUUGCGGUUUUGGAUGAGGACGGGUACAUUAGCUUCUAUGACACCCGCUCAAAGCUUCCAUCUUUUGCUUCUUGCCGACAAAAUGCAGACGAAGCUCGGGUUUGUGAUUGGGUUGCACACCAUAAUGCCAUUUUUAAUGUCUGCCGGACAAAGGAUGACACUCAAAUUCUAACAGCUUCGGGUGAUCAAACUAUACAAGUCUGGGAUGCAGAGAAAAAGAUAUGCAUUGGGGUCAUGAUGGAGCACAAAGGCAGUGUGAAGUCAUUGUGUUCGCACCCAUCUAAUCCUGACCUAGUUGUAUCUGGUUCAAGAGAUGGAUCUUUUGCGCUCUGGGACUUGAGAUGCAAAUCUAGUUCCAAAAGUCGAUUUGGUGAACUAUGCUAAAUGCCAACUUCUGUUAUCAAAGGAGCACAUAUUUAUCCACAAGGAAAGCAAGCUAGGCGCGGGCCUAAAAAG